UAUUUUUCCAGCAAAAUUCAAAUUCAAAUACACUAUCACACCGCCAAAUCGUCCGAGUCAACAAGUUUGAAACUCGGACAUAACUGAGUUUCCAUUUUACCAAAGCCCACAAAAUAUUAUGGAGAAAGCCCUAUUACUAUAAACUUGGGUAGCAGAUUUUGAUUUAGGGCAUAAUUAAGCCUCUUCACACCACAGCUCUUCUCAGCGUUCUAUCCCUAAUCUAUCCCUAAUUCAUUCAUCAUUCCUUCAAUGGCGCUGCAUUAACAAGGUGAGAUUCAAAUCGGUAAAGCUACAAGGCUAUCAUUAUUGUGGUGAUAACUGGUUGUUUUAUGUGUAUUUAAAACGAAAUAAAUUGGUCUAUGGUGUGAUUUGGAUCGGAUUGUGAGUUGGUUUGGUGGAAUGGAUGCUGCUGUGGACAGAUCAAAGAGGCGUGGUAGAAAAAGGCGUAGAAACGAUGUUCACAAUGUUCAGGUGGAUCGGGAUGGGAAGAAAUGGGUGGUGGCAUUGACGUCUAAGGCAUUGUUGGGUAGAUAUGUUAGGAAGGAGUUCAAGGACAAUGGGAUAUACUUGGGCAAGAUUAUAUUUUAUGAUACUGGUUUGUAUAAGGUUUUUUAUGAGGAUGGAGAUUGCGAAGAUUUCGAUAGCACUGAAGUGAAAGCAGUUUUGUUGGAAGACGAUGACUUGAAUGGUCAAUGGUUGGACAGGAAGAAAAAGCUAGACGAUUUAGUAGCUAAUAGGGAGGUAAAGGGUAUUAAUUCUCGAGCUGAGCAUCCAGCUGAGCCAGUUAACGAUGUAAUUGAUAAGUUUGAGGCGCCAGUUUUAAAAGAUUUGGAUAAAGUUGAGGUCAACCAACUAGGUUGUGAUUCUAAUUCAGCGAGUGAUAUGUCUGAAGAUUAUAGGGAGCAGGAUUUGUGUCCAGAUGUGGAAGUGCCUCUAUUUCCUGCACCUCAACUGCCUCCUUCAUCUGAAAGUAUUGGUAUUCCGGAGGAGUAUGUAUCGUACCUUUUGUCUGUCUAUAGCUUUUUACGUUCGUUUAGUAUCAGAUUAUUUUUAUGUCCCUUUGGACUUGAUGAUUUUGUCGAAGCACUCAACUGUUCUGCUCCAAACACAUUGUUGGACUCUGUUCAUGUAGCCCUUAUGCGUGCUUUGAGGCGCCACCUCAGAAAGCUGUCAUCCGAUUGUUCCGUGCUUGCAUCAAAGUGCCUAAGGAACAUCGAUUGGAGCUUGCUUGAUACAAUAACUUGGCCAGUUUAUCUAGUUCACUAUUUAAGAGUAAUGGGAUACGCAGAUGAACCUGCUUGGAAAGGUUUUUAUCCUCAUGCUUUGCAGAGGGAAUAUUACUUGUUAUCUGCUGGCAGGAAACUCAUGAUUUUGCAGAUCUUGUGUGAUGAUGUUCUAGAUUCUGAAGAACUAAGAGCAGAAGUUGACAUGCGUGAAGAAUCAGAGGAAGGUACUGAGGCAGAUAUAAGUACCGGUGUUGCUCUUGUCAGUGCACCAAGAAUAGUUCAUCCCAGAUAUGCUAAAACUUCUGGCUGUAAGGAUCAAGAAGCAAUCGAGCUUUGUGAAGAAAAUCAUGAAAGAAACAAGUGUUGUGGUACUGAUAUUUUAGGAUCCAAAAUUAGUGGACAAGAUUCUGUGUCUGAUGUAGAUCAACACAGUAACAGUGAUGAAUGCAGUCUCUGCGGCAUGGAGGGGACUUUGCUUUGCUGUGAUGGGUGUCCAUCAUCUUACCAUGCUAGGUGCAUUGGAGUUAGCAGGAUGUAUAUACCAGAAGGAACAUGGUAUUGCCCUGAGUGUAGCAUCAAUGAAAUCGAACCAAAAAUUAUGAGGGGCAAAACUCUGAAAGGAGCAGAGCUUUUUGGUGUUGAUUCCUAUGGACAAGUCUUCAUGGGUACUUGCAGUCAUUUGCUUGUGUUGAAGGCCUUGGCUGGGGCAGAUUCUAUUUUCAAAUACUACAACGAGAAGGACAUUCCCAGAGUCCUGCGAGCACUUAAUGAAAAUCUGCAGCACAGUACUUUAUAUCUAGAAAUAUGCAAAGGAAUUAUGCGAUACUGGAAAAUUCCUGUCAACAUCCCAUUCCCUAAUGGUGAACUAUCUGAAAUGGGUUCAGAAAGACCAAAUGGAACAAAAUGUGGUAGUUCCUCUACACUCUCUCCUAAUUUGUUGGUUAAGGGAAGUCCCGAGAGAGAGACUACUGGAAGCUGUGUCACUGAAUUUGGUUCAGAAGAUGCUACUAUGAGUAAUUUCUCAAAGGAACCUAAGCUCAAUGAGACUUUUGGUGCAGUUAUCCAACCUGAUGGUAUUUGUAACCAGGUGAAUAGUGAUUCUAUGGCAAGCCAGAGUAACACACAUAUAGACUUGCUACCAUCUGAAAAAGUUGGAGUGGAAUACAUAACUUCUGCUGGUUCAGUUGGUCAGCAGGUGAUUCCAUCUGAGUGGACUCAACAAGGCGACAUAAAGUUGGUAGAAAUUGCUCCUUGUACCUCAAGAAGCAGCAGCAACUCUGUGGAAAAAGCUAAUAGUAAUUGUGCUGGAAUUUCAGUGUCUCUUGCAUGUGAAAAGGCUUGUGGCAGACCCAGCAGAAUAGGUUACAGAAAACCCACUGGUGGCUGCUUAUUCAUGGGGUCAUCCUUUAGACCUCAACAAUACAUCAAUAAUUAUCUGCAUGGAGAUUUUGCUGCAUCGGCUGCUGCUAAUCUAGCUGAACUUUCAUCCGAAAAAAACCAAGGUGCUCAGAGUCAUGCUUCAGACAAUAGGCGGAAACUUUCUGCUAAUGUUUUGCUUCAAGCAAAAGCUUUCUCAUCAGCAGCGACACGCUUUUUCUGGCCGAAUACUGAGAAGAGGGUUGUGGAAGUACCAAGGGAAAGAUGUAGUUGGUGUCUUAGUUGUAAAGCUGCUGCUACUAGUAAGAAAGGAUGCUUGUUAAAUGCUGCAGCAUCAAAUGCCAUUAAGGGGGCAGUGAAGAUACUUGCUGGUCUUCAUCCUGCAAGUGGUGCGGAGGGAAAUCUACGUGGUAUUGCCACAUAUAUUGUAUUGAUGGAGGAGAGCUUAACUGGUCUGACAGUUGGUCCUUUUCUAAGUACAGCUUUUAGAAAACAAUGGCGCAAACAGGCAGAAAAAGCUUCUAACUUCAAUGUGAUAAAGUCUCUUCUGCUUGAAUUUGAGGAGAAUAUCCGGUUUGUUGCUUUUUGGGGGGACUGGCUUAAGCUUGUUGAUGGUGGGGCAUCUGAAUCUUCCAUCAGUCAUUCAGCUGCUGGUGCUGCAGAAUCAACUCACAAGCUUAAACCAGGGAGGCGGGGUAGGAAACCAUUGUCAAUGGUUAAAGUAACUGCUGCUGAUUGCCCGGAUAAACUGAUGGACUUCACUUGGUGGAGAGGAGGCAUGCUCUCAAAGCUUAUCUUCCAGAAAGCGACUUUACCCCAAUCAAUGUUGAAGAAAGCAGCACGUCAUGGUGGUCUGAGAAAGAUACCUGGUAUUCAUUAUGCUGAAGGGUCCGAGACUGCCAAAAGAAGUAGGCAGCUGAUCUGGCGAGCUGCAGUUGAUGUGUGUAAGACAAUGUCACAGCUUGCACUUCAGGUUAGGUACCUAGAUAUGCAUGUGAGGUGGGAUGAUCUUGCUCGUCCUGAAACGAGCCUCCAGGAUGGAAAAGGACCUGAGACAGAAAUAUCUGCUUUUAGAAAUGCUUCCAUACGUCAUAAAAGAAUUGUUGGAAAUGAGGUUAGAUAUAAUGUAGCUUUUGGGAAUCAGAAGCAUCUCCCAUCUCGUGUCAUGAAGAGUAUGUUAGAAGUAGAGCAAAGCCAGGAGGGAAAGGAAAAAUAUUGGUUUUCUGAGUCACGAAUUCCUUUGUAUCUAAUAAAAGAUUAUGAAGAAAACUUGGGAAAAGAUCUCCUUUCAGCCAACAAGUUCACUAAUGGACUUCCCAAGUUGCAGAAAAGGUCCUUGGUGGCUUCUCAUAAAAAUAUAUUCUCAUAUCUUGUGCAGAAGAGAGAUGGUAACGAGAAACAUUGUUGUGCUUCAUGUCAAGUGGAUGUGUUAUUUAGGAACGCAGUCAAGUGCAAUACAUGCCAAGGUCUAUGUCACAAGCAAUGUACAAUUAGUUCAACAAAUGUUGCUAAUGAGGACGUUGAGUUUAUGACCAACUGCAAACAGUGUUACAAGAAUAGAACUUUAACCCAAGAUGAAAGUAGCAAAGAAUCUCCUUCAAGUCCUUUACUCAUGCGUGGACAAGAUUUCGGGAUUCACAUGUCAGCCAGAAAAGGAGGAAAGGUUGGUAGUUGUAGUAAUCCAUCAGCAUCCUGUGCGACUUCUAAGAUGAAAAAUUCUAGUUCUUCAAAUUUGGCAACAAAAACGAAACCCCAUUGGGGUGUUAUUUGGAGAAAGAAGAACAACAAUACUGGAAGUGAUUUUAGAUUUAAACACAUUCUUCUGAAGGGCAAUCCAGACAUGGAUUUGUUAAGACCUAGUUGCUACCUUUGCCAUAAGCCAUAUGAUCCUUUUCUAAUGUACAUCCGUUGUGAAACGUGCACACAUUGGUACCAUGCUGAAGCUGUAGAUAUUGAGGAGUCCAAGAUUUUUGAAGUUGUGGGGUUUAAAUGUUGCAGGUGCCGUAGGGCUAGAAUACCAAUAUGUCCUUACUUAGAUCCGAAAAGCAAAAGGCAGUUAGAGGAGAAGAGGAUUCGCUCAAGGGCUUCAAAGAAGGAUAGCCAAGGAAUGGAGCCUAAUUUUUGUUUCAUCUCAGAGCUACAGAAAGAUGAAGAGAUGACCAGUCCUGUGGUGCCCUUGCAGGGAACCACAUCUUUAGAGGAUAAUAAUCCUCUUGUUUCUGUUGAAGAAUUCACUGAGCACUCUCCAGGGGGUGGUUGUGAAAAAAGUGCUGCAACUUUGUCUCUGCCGGGGCCAAGAAAACAGCCAGUCAGAGAUGACUCAUCAGCUACUUUGACCAAGAAUGUCAAAACAUCAUCAAGGUUUCUACCUGAUAAGAAUGCUGAUACGUCUUAUGUCAAGCAUGAGCCUGCAAUUAGCACAAUAUCUGCUGCUAUUGCAGUUCCUUGUAAGAUGUGUUCACAUGCAAAACCAUGCCCUGAUCUUUGUUGUGAUACAUGUGAAAUGUGGAUCCACAGACAUUGUUCACCUUGGAAUGAAGAGGAGUCUGGAGAAGAUGGUUGGAAGUGUGGCAACUGUAGGGAAUGGAGAUAGUUGAUGCUUAAUCAUCUGUGUAAGGUGCAUCUUUCGCAUGCAUAAUGGCUGAUUGAAGGGGCUUGCCGUUGAUGCUGUCACAAUUGGAGAAUGAAUCAAAAUGAGCAAGCCACUCGUGAUGUCUGCCCAAGUAACUUAGUCUCCUACAAUUCUGAUCAAGUUUCCAUCAUUUGGUAUCACCGCUUUUGCCAUCAAAAGGAAAUGAUUUUCUCGUGAUAAAGGAGUAGUUGAGCUGAUUCAGGAAAACUAAUUAUGCACAAAUACCUUUAGAAAAGAUUACUAGGAGAGGUUGUGACAUUUGCUCCAACCUUGACCGAUAAGCAACCUUUUUUGUUGAUGCUUAUCUCAUUUUUUACUUAAAAAAAUACCAAAAUUACCAAUUCUUUUCCCUAAUUUUUUAGCCUUCAACAACUAUCCGCUUAGUGAAAUGUCACUGGAAGAACUAAAGUUUACCAGUCAAA